AUGGAUCAAGCAGAUUUAUAUUUUUUUAAUACAAUCCAAUCUGAUUAUCUUAUUAAAAUGAAUUCAUCAUUACAUCUAUAUGAUUAUUUAAUCAAUAAUUUUGAUAAAAAUGAUGAUGAUAAUAGUGACAAUGAUUUAUCCACUGAUGCAAAUACAAUAACAAUGGCAAGUUCAACAAGUAGUGAUAGUGCGAUUGCAUCUGACGAUACUGAUGAUAUUGAUUUAAUCAAUGAUAAACAAAUAAAACAUAAGAAUUCAUGGCCAAAAAUGUUUCAAGAAGCUGAUUUAACACUUACGAGUUUUUCACAAUCAUUCAAUUUAUUAAAUCAAUAUGAAAAACAAACGAUUUAUGAUAAUGAAAUUUCAAUGUCAAAAUAUAAGCAACCAUUACCGUGGACGAAUUCAACAUACUAUCAUAUGGGUUCUGAUAAGGAUUAUGUGACACUUGUUCGUGAAUUAGCUCAAUUACGUGAACAACUAUCUGAAAAAGAAGAUGAAGUAACAGAACUUAAAGCUGAACGAAAUAAUACACGUUUACUUCUAGAACAUUUAGAACAACUUGUUGCUCGACAUGAACGUUCAAUACGAACAACAGUUAUGCGUCGACAAGCUCAAGGUGUUUCAUCGGAAGUUGAAGUACUUAAAGCACUUAAAUCUUUAUUUGAACAUCAUAAAGCAUUAGAUGAAAAAGUACGAGAACGUCUAAAAAUUGAAAUUGAAAAAAAUAUACAACUUAAAGAUGAACUUGAACGAACAAAAACUGAACUUACUUGUGUUCGUGAAACUCAACAAUCGAAAAUAAUUGAUAUCGAUCAAUUAAAAAGUAUGUCAAAUGGUACAAUUAAUCCUGAUUAUUUAACAAGUAAAUUAAUUGAAAUGCAAGAAUUAAUGGAUCAUCAAUGUAAUGAAUUAAUAUCAGCACGUUCACGUAUACAUGAAUUAAUAAAUCGUAAUAAAGAAUUAGAAGAACGUUCAUGUUUAUUUCAACGUGAUUUAUCACAUACAUAUGAACAAAUAAAUAAAUAUCAACGGGAUUUAAAAGAAAGUCAAGCACAAAAAGAAGAUCAAGAAGAACGUAUAUCAACAUUAGAAAAACGUUAUUUAAAUAUACAAAAAGAAACAACACAUUUAAAUGAAUUUAAUAAUCGAUUAGAAAAUGAAUUAUCUACAAAAGAAACACAAUUACAACAUGCUGAAGAAAAAUAUCAAUCAUUACAAGAUAAAUAUGAUUUAUUAGAACAAAAACUACAAUAUCAAAAUGAACUUGACUUAUCAUCAAAACAAAAUGGGCAAACAUUAUUACCAUAUUCAACUAAUGAAGAUAAAUUACAUCAACUGCAAAAUGAAUAUGAUGAUCUACAAAUGGAAUUAACACGAGUAAUAUAUUUUUAUUAUCUUGACUUGUAA